UCUAUCUGAGCUAGAGUGUCUAUCGUGGCACGCUUUUUGGGUCCGGAAACAGGGGUUUGAGGGACGACACUCGAUAGGCCAAAGCGAAUCUCUACAAAUAUUCUUCUUCUUCAUCUUCGUCUUCGUGCGCUCGAGUGUGGACGGUUUCGAUCCUUAGCUGCUUUCUUUUUCUACUGUUUGUGGGACUACUCAACUGGAGGAGAGAGAUUUGGAGUUCGUUUCUCUUUGUUAGGGUUUUGCUUGCUCUCUGUCUCUGUCUCUGUUUUGUUUUUUUGCCUUCUUUUGGCGUUUUUCUUGGAAUGGUCGGCAAAGUUUGACGCCAUGAGGAAGAAGCUCGAUACUCGUUUCCCAGCUGGAGAUAGAAGUAAAUCACUCUAUUGUGGACGGCUGGUUUGGUUGUCUACGUGAAUCAAUGAAUUGUUGACUCCGAGAGGGACAAGUGGAAGCUCUCUUUAUUUCUCAUUCCUAUGGGUCUUGAGUUCUGUUGACGGUGUUGGCUGGGAGCUGUGGCCGGCAAUGAAGCUAAAGCUUCACACUGGUCGACUUACAAUUACACAGCUCGGAUUAAGAAGAUUAUGCAAUCUGAUGAGGAUGUUGGGAAGAUUGCCAUGGCUGUGCCUCUUCUAGUUUCUAAAGCUCUGGAACUAUUUCUGCAAGAUCUAUGUGAUCGGACAUAUGAUAUUACGCUGAAAAGAGGAGCAAAGACCAUGAAUUCUUUGCAUUUAAAACAGUGUGUCCAGACCUUUAACGUUUUUGAUUUUCUGAGGGAUAUCGUCAGCAAGGUUCCUGAUUUAGGUGGUUCUGAUGCUAGUGAAGAUCGUUCAGUUGCCAAAAAAAGGAAAGUUACUGAUGAGGAGGAAAAUGAUAGUGAUGAUGAGUUGAAGAGGAGUAGGAUGCAUGAGGCAGGUCACACUAGCAGCAGUGGUAGAGGAAGGGGUAGGGGCAGAGGUAGAGGUCGUGGACGAGGUAGCCGAACGGUAGAGAGGGAGUUGGCUGCACAAUUUGAGAAGCUUGAAGAUGAUCCAGACAUUUCCAAGAACAAUCAAAGCCUUGAGAGGCUCGAUAAUGGGGCAGAAGCCAAGGAAUUGGAGGAAAACAUUUUAGGUGAAAAAAGUGGAGAAGGGCCAAUUCGAAACUUUGACUUGAACCUGGACUUGAAUGAUGAUGGGGACUCAGCAGCCCUUGCUGCUGCCCCUGCUAGUUCAUCUGCAGAGCCCAUUCCAGAAACGAAGCACGAGGAAUACCCUGGCUGGUCUGUAUCUGACAUGGAAAAUAUGGCAAUUGAUCCCAUUCAACUUGCCAACUUAGGUAGAAGGAUAGAUGAGGAGGAGGAAGAUUAUGAUGAAGAAGGUUGAAUUGCAUGUGUUGCUGGUGUUUGUGGUUACUUACCUCACAUAGGUUUGUAGUUCUUCUUUUAAGAUAUACAAGUAGAUGUUAGGUUGAGCUUGUUGUGAUAGAAAGAUAGGAAUUAGGGCUAGAAAGAUGAACAAAACUGCAAACACCAUCCUAGGAAAGGCUGACAGUGUAGUUCUUUUGGUUUUCUUUAGACAUUUGUAUCAUAUGCUUCUUUAAUGCUUACUGAUAGUUUCAAACUUAUUUUCUUUACUGCUUA